CCGCCCUGAGCCCCGGCCCCACUUGACGUCGCUCUGCGCCCUGUUCUGCAGGUUCGCUGGUGCCAUCAUGGCUCAGAGGGCCUUUCCGAAUCCGCACGCCGAUUAUAACAAGUCCCUGGCCGAGAGCUACUUUGAUUCUACCGGGAGGCUGACUCCUGAGUUCUCACAGCGCUUGACCAUUAAGAUUCGAGAGCUCCUUCAGCAAAUGGAAAGAGGCCUCAAGUCAGCAGAUCCUCGGGAUGGCACUGGGUACACCGGCUGGGCAGGCAUUGCUGUGCUUUACUUACAUCUCUAUGAUGUGUUUGGGGACCCUGCCUACUUGCAGAUGGCACACGGCUAUGUAAAGCAAAGCCUAAACUGUUUGAGCAAGCGUUCCAUCACCUUCCUGUGUGGCGAUGCAGGCCCCCUGGCCGUGGCUGCUGUGCUGUAUCACAAGAUGAAGAGUGAGAAGCAGGCAGAGGAUUGCAUCACACGGCUCAUUCACCUAAAUAAGAUUGAUCCCCAUGCACCAAAUGAAAUGCUCUAUGGCCGCAUAGGCUACAUCUUUGCUCUGCUUUUUGUCAAUAAGAACUUUGGAGAAGAGAAGAUUCCUCAAAGCCAUAUUCAACAGAUUUGUGAAACAAUUUUAAACUCUGGGGAAAACCUAGCUAGAAAGAGAAACUUCACGGCCAAGUCCCCACUGAUGUAUGAGUGGUACCAGGAAUAUUAUGUGGGAGCUGCUCAUGGCCUGGCAGGAAUCUAUUACUACCUAAUGCAGCCCAGCCUUCGGGUAAGCCAAGCAAAGUUACAUAGUUUGGUGAAGCCCAGUGUAGACUUUGUCUGCCAGCUGAAGUUCCCUUCUGGCAAUUUCCCUCCAUGUUUGGAUGAUACCAGAGACCUGCUUGUCCACUGGUGCCAUGGGGCCCCUGGCGUCAUUUACAUGCUCAUCCAGGCCUACAAGGUGUUCAAAGAGGAACAGUACCUUUGUGAUGCCUACAAGUGUGCUGAUGUGGUCUGGCAGUAUGGACUGCUGAAGAAGGGCUAUGGUUUGUGCCACGGUGCUGCAGGGAAUGCCUAUGCCUUCCUGGCACUCUACAAUCUCACACAAGAUGUGAAGUACCUGUACAGGGCCUGUAAGUUUGCUGAGUGGUGCUUAGAUUAUGGAGAGCAUGGAUGCAGGACACCGGACACCCCCUUCUCCCUCUUUGAAGGGAUGGCUGGAACAAUCUAUUUCUUGGCUGACCUGUUAGUCCCCACAAAGGCCAAGUUCCCUGCAUUUGAGCUCUGAAAGGGCAACCUGGUCCCUGAAGCAUGACCCUCUGUGUUCUGGUCUGGGCUAAGUGUUUCUGUUGCUUUUGAAGGAGCAGAAUGAAACUGUGUACUUGAAAGUUGGCUCUUUAUUUCCAUGAUUUGUCUUUAGCAAUUCAGCGCCUUUUCUUACUUUUAUUUAAAAGUCUAAAUGAAAGCCAUCUUAAUUUUCUUCCAUGAGGAUGAUUGACAGGUAUGGUAUUUUGUAGCCAUUUACAUGUACUUACAGACUUGGAGGAGAUCUUACUCUUCUUUAAUUUUAUGAAUGUAGUCAUGUGUUAGUGCUCUUUAAAAUGUUUUCUAAAAGCUCAGUAAGCCAUGCCUGGUAUCAUGUUAUCCCAUCUAUUGAGAAGACUGAGGCAGGAGGAGCACAAGUUCAAGGCCAACCUGAGCAACUUAGUGAGACUCUGUCUCAAAAUAAAGAGAGAGGUCUGCGGUAUAGCUGAGAAGUAGACCUCUUUUCUAGCACACACACACACACACACACACACACUCACACUCAGCUCAGGUAGACAGAGAUUUUAUGUAAAUGGCCAUUGUUAAUAUUGCCUUCUAUGUCUUCUGUUAAAUAUUUUCCCUCCAACAAAGAGUAGUUUUAUGACUUCAUUUUUUCCAGGUGCUUGGUUAUUAGAGGGGGCAAAAAUAUAGCCCAUGCCUCUGGAGGAAAAGCUGUAAGAAUUACAAACUAGACUUGGGACCUAAAUGCCAUAUUUUAAACUUCUAACUCCUGUCUAUACGAGACGUACCAUUUUCAGUGAGCCACAAGGGCACUAUAUUCCAGCCAUGUUAUCAAAACUUAAAAACGGUUGUAAUGCACACUCUGACCUGAAAGUUAACUCACCAACAACAGGUCCUUGUUUCCUGAUAUAUUUUGGAAAUGUUUAAUUUAAAAGUAUUUGUCCUUCAGUGUUCAUGUGAGAUCUGGAAGUAGAUUUUCUGUGUGAAUUUGCCUGGACAGGAUUCCAGCCUAACCUUCAAAGACAUUCAGAAGUUUGGCUUAGGUUUCCCUUGCUUUUUUGCUGAGUUCCACAUGUUACUCCUUUCUGUUCAUUGAUUUGAACAUUGAUUUUUUUUUUUUCACUUAAUAGUACAGAAAUUGCUUAUGCUUACAAAGAAGGUGGGAAGGGAGAUGCUGUAACCAAUAGCUUCUAAGAGAACAAAGCUUUUGCCGGGCAGUGGUGGCUCAUGCCGUUAGUCCCAGCGCUCGGAAGGCAGAGGCAGGCCGAUCUACUGAACAAGUUCCAGGACAGGCUCCAAAGCUAUACAGAGAAACCCUGUCCUGAAAAAACAAACAAACAAAUAAAAAGAGAACAGAGCUUUUGACAAAAAUUCUUGUUCUUGGAGGGUAUCUGAUGUUACAGCUUCCAUGGUUGUAACAGAUGAGUGCUUGCAUAUCCCAAGCCAUGGAGUCCGGUUGGUCUGUGCAUGAAGACUGCCUGGUGCUUCAAAGUCUGGACACAUGCUUUUUGACUCCUCAGCUCCUCCCGCCUCCUCAUAUCACAGGCCUCUCAGGCCCUUUGUAACUGACUUAGGAACAUUUUCCACCUUUAAUACUACAGGAUCUGAGAAUAUUUAAUGUGCUAUUUUGUGGCUCUCUUGGUCGUGCUACUUGUAUUAGAAAUGAAGUCUCCAUGGAGUGUGUGCUGAUUGCUAUGAGGAAUAAUCCCCUCUUAUUUUGUGACUUGCACCAAAAUAGCUAAUAUUAUGAGAAAUUUUCUGGUCCUUUAAGGCUACCUACAGUAGGAUCCAAAGAGCAGCUCAGUGCUCAACUCUCAGCUCCUAGGGUUGAAUUGCUCCUUCUGUGGCCCCUGUAUUCCAGGGACGUACGUGUGACCUCACCCUCUGAAAUGCUGCUGCUGGCAGCUGUGUCAGACUACCUACCUGGUGAAGGCUGUGCAUCAAUGGUGUCACUAUUUAUAAGAACUCGACACAGUAGAGCACAUCGGUUUGGCUGGGCUUCCAGCUUUAGAAAAGUAAGCCCACUUGCUUUAGUUAAAUGGCUUGUAUUCUGCCUGUACCUUCAGCUACUAUAGAUACUUGGUGAAAGAAAAAGAACCAGUGUUCUGGUUAGUCCUGAGACUUGAUCACAGUGCUUCCCCAGGUGUCUUGACUAAUAUAGCCCCAGAAAGAACUCAGAGCAGGAAGAGUGUUUUGAGUGACACUCUUGUUACUGUCUGAGCUGUCUUCUACAUAUUGGCAUCCAUUAACAGAUCCACUGACAUAAACAAUUCAGUUUUCCAUCUUCACUGUAGCUUUUUAAAACUUACUACACUGACAAAGUGUCUGUGCCACUUGUGUCCUUAUGCUACAAAGCCACGAGAAUUUUCUGGGGGCUUUUAAAUUCAGGUACAAUACAAAGCCCACAGCAACACCUCCCCUCUGAGGAAGGGAAUGUUUUCACUCCAGCAUUGUGCAGAAGCAGUGUUGGGUGCUUUCCUUCCUCAGAUACUUUUCUUAUGGGUAUAAAAACCUUCCAGAAAUCGCUUCCGGAAAACUCGGUGCCAUUGCUAAUCUGCAGCCAGAGACUGGAAGGUCCAAUGUUCAGAGCCUGUUCAGCAAUGCAUUUAUGCUGUUGUGCAUUCCUGCCCUUAACUUUUCAUCAUGUAAAAUGUCAGCAUUACCAUGACGGCUCCCGUAGUUCCCACAGGCCUUCAUCCUAUUCUGUCUGUCAGUCCGUCUGUCAGUCUUUCGUCCUUACAGUUAUCAGGUUCUCUUUUCAUCACUCAUGUCACAUCCAUGUGACACCAGAACCCACUUGCAGCUAGAGUUAGCUCAAGGGGGCAUAAGGGUAUUUUUUCCUCCUUAUUCCCGUUUCCCUGAGUAACUGAACUGCAGCACUCUGCUCCUAUGUCCUCAGGUCAGUUUGUAUCUGGUUUUACAGUCCCCUUACCUUCUGCUACCUAACUCUGAGUUUAUUUAUGUACUUUUAGGCUCCUAGAAGUUGGUACAGUCCCUACUUACUCAUGCUGCAUCCCGGAUCCUUUUCUGCUUCCCUGAAACAUGUCAGAGCAUGUUUCUGAGUUCUCUGUACCAUCUGGCUGUAGGAGAACUGUUUAUAUCCUGUAUACUGGAAUCAGUCUUGGGGACAGUCUUUCGGGAUCACCCCAAGAUUACAUUGACACUGGGAGGGGCUGGGAUCAUAUCUGUAUUGACUGACUGGCCUUCAAUAAAAUGUUACUAGGCCUGA